AGAAAACUGGAGUGAUGGGAAGAGUAUGAUGUUCUCUCUGUGUCUGGAAAUGGGAAAUUCGCGAACGAAGUGGUGAAUUUUUUUUUUUUUUUUUUUGGGUGAUCGUGUAUCUUUGUUGUGGUUCCUUCUCCAGAGGACUCCGGGAUUUCGUCGGUAUCUUGCAGCUAUUUCGGAGGGGCGAAGGAUAAUCCGUGAGCCGAGCGCCGCCUGAAGCCAUGGGCAACAAAAGCAAGCACCACAAUCACCGGCGCUCGAUCCUCAACGCCCGUAACUACGAUGAUUUAUCAAAAGAGGAUCUGAGAGAAAUUCUGAAACAUAGAGGCUUGCAGACGACAGGCAAGAAGGAAGUGCUUGUAAAGCGACUGCAGAAAUCGGAUCGAGAUUUGCAACAGAAGCAGACGGAAGGAAUCCCUGCUUCACUAAUGCCUCAGCGUGUGGAUGGUCAAGACGGUUCUUUGAAAUCCGUGAACGGCAUGUCUGGAGCUGUGCCAAAUGGGUAUUCACGGUGUUCAUCAGCGGAUCUCAGGAAGGAAAGGGCGGGUAUUGUGCUCUGGAAGCGACCGUUGACAACUCUGCAAUAUUUCAGUCUUGAGCUGAGCUAUCAAUUGGGAAAUUUGGCGUACAAGCUGAACCAACACAGGGCCAAAGUCACUUUACUGAUGCUGUUCCUUGCGUUGUCCGUAAUUGGAUAUUAUGCCGAAGGGCCCCACCAGAAACUUGUGGUUCCAGCCGAGAAAAUCCUACUGUGGUGCCUUUAUUGGGUUGGCCUUGGUGUUCUGUCGUCGAUAGGUCUCGGAACAGGGCUGCACACGUUUCUACUGUACCUGGGCCCUCAUGUGGCAGCUGUAACACUUGCGGCGUACGAAUGUAACAGCUUAAAUUUUCCCGAGCCACCUUAUCCUGACGAAUUAUUAUGUCCGGAUGGCAGCAGUAGAAAAACGGGUUGGUCAAACGUUCCGAUAAAUAUAUGGACGAUCAUGAGUAAAGUUAGACUCGAGGCAUUCAUGUGGGGUGCAGGUACUGCCUUGGGUGAAUUACCUCCGUACUUCAUGGCGAGAGCUGCCCGUUUAUCCGGAACUCAUCCGGAUGACGACGAGUUCAAAGAAUUCGAGGAAUUGCAAGAGCUUCAGCGUCACCCUGAAAAUUUGUCGAUGGUGGACCGUUUGAAGCUUUCAAUUGAAAAACUUGUGGAGAAAGUCGGUUUCUUCGGAAUCCUGGUCUGUGCUUCGAUCCCCAAUCCUCUGUUCGAUCUCGCGGGGAUCACAUGUGGGCACUUCCUAGUACCAUUCUGGACGUUCUUCGGUGCUACACUGAUCGGGAAAGCCGUGAUUAAGAUGCACAUUCAAAAGUUGUUCGUGAUUAUCGCGUUUAAUGAAAACCACGUAGAAAGUGCUGUAGCGAUGCUCCAGUACGUGCCGAUUGUUGGCAAGAAGGUACAAGAGCCUUUCAAGGAGUUUCUGCAAAAACAAAAACUAAAGUUGCAUCGAUCAUCCAGCGCCAAAACUGGACCGGUGCCAGAAAGUUGGCUGCAAUGGUUCUUUGAAAAGCUGGUGGUUGCAAUGGUGGCGUAUUUCUUGCUGUCGAUCGUCAACGCUUGGGCGCAAAACUAUCAUAAAAGACUGACGGCGGAGAAGCGGCCGCUUUCCAAGGCAGAGAAGCAGAAGUGACGUGUUUCUGGGGCUCCCUGGGUCAACUACAAGUCCCUCUAUCACAUCGUCUGACAGCUUUUUCACUGCUCAAGCACUCGAGUCAAUCGCCCAUUCCACUCUUGAGGGGCUCCUGAAAAGUUGCUUAAAUCGAGUACUUUAGUCCAGGAAUACGAAGACGAUUCCCGCUCCUAAUUUGCUGCAUAUUGACUCCCUUUUAAGUGUCUUUGGGAACGACUCCCCGAAAAUCGUCCGUCGCGGUUUUUCCCGAAAUUGAGCUGCGAACGCUAAAUUUUGAUUUCCGAUCUGCUUUAUGACGCCUACCUCCUUUUUCAUGUUUUUCUACGUAGAAGAGAAUAUCCGGAACCAAGUGUUCGGAAGAAAACAAAAAAUUUCACACAUCAGAAUAAUAUUCUGGUUUAUUGGAUAAACCAGAAUAAUUACUCAUGCAUUAUUCAAUUUUUGUUCAUCGUUGCUGCCUGGUUCCGGAUGGGAAAAAAAUCUCGUAUCCUGUGACUAAAAGUACUGAUUUUGCAGCUUGUGGAAGCCCUCGUAUUUGUAGUCCUGGUAUAUGUCUCUCUAGCUAAGGAAAAUACGAGUUUGGUGAUGAAGAUACUUUCUUUUUCGGCGGAAUCAGGGAUGUCCCCGUGGACCUGUGAGGUUGUUGAUCGUUGAGCUGGGGAAAGGUGUUCCGUGUAGAGCAUGUUAACUUGGCCGGUGUUGCGUGGAUUCCUGGAUAGUUUAUUCGAUCAACGAGGCUGGAUAUUAUUUCUCACUGACGGAGUGGCCUGAAUUUAUUUAUUUUUGCGACCGUUUCAUUGAUUGAGUAGUUUUUUUUAUUCGUUUGAGGCCCGAAUUUCAUUUUUUUAUUCGAUUGGGUGCGGGUUGAGUUAGUAAUGUAUCUUCGUCAGGAUUUGAAUUUCUUCGAGCGACAAAGUUUAAGAAAAGUGGGAGGAUUUUAUGAAAUUAUAUCUUGCAUCAACGACCGUAGUUUUCCGUUGAAAAAUUUUUCCCCGUUCAGGAAAGUCAUAUAAUUUUGUGAUUCACUUUUUUUGCGAUGGGUUUUCUGGUCAUGGAUGGAAUAAGAUUUAAAUUAUUGAGCGCGUUCUUCCAAGGGAAUUAUUUUUGGUUUUCUUGGUUCACAAACGUUGAAUAAUCACAAAAUUAAGCGCAUGGAGAAUAUUAGUUUUUUUUUCGUAAAAAUAGUUUUGCUGAGAUGAUUUGGAAUUGCAAACCGUUCAAGAGGUACAAAAGUAUGCAGGAAAUGGAAAGUGCGGGAGAACGCCUAUUAAAUGUUGAAUGUCUUGUUCGAUGGGACGAUAAGAAAUGUCGGUUCUUGUUCAUGCAUCAGAUGGCGGGAAAUUUUCAAAAAUAAUAAUUCAGUUUUUAACUGUAGAGUUGGCUUAUCCUUACGUCUGCUACGGCGCUGUGAGCUUGAUUUGCGCCGUUUUUGGUUUCUCCGCUGUUCGAGCUGUGAUGUUCGGAGAUUAUUCAGCGAAGCUUGAAUUUAUUUAUUGCGUGGCUUUUUUUUUUUUUUUGUGUGAACGAGAGUCAAUUUUCGUUGCACAGGAUUUGGUCGGAAAGAUU